AUGACGACCACCAGGCUCGUUCCCCAAUGGAACGGGUUUAUGCAUCUCGUGAAUGAAGCCAUUCAAAACAGCAAGAACCUCACAGAGAUUGCAAAGAAUGAAGUAGUUGUGUUGAGUGACCGAGCCAAAAUACUGUUCAAAGAAACUUAUUCUCAGACCAUGCCGAUUAUAUGCCAUUACUUCAUUGAAGCCCACUUCUUUGCUGCCCUCUCCUGGGUGUCAUCCUACACAAAAGAAACCCUGGCUGUGGUGUGGAUGAAGAAUGCAAUUGAUGGCAUGGUUGAAAGGAAAACCUUCCCAAUGAAUGAGCAACUGCCUCCCAUCAAGCUGCUCGUCCACGCGGGCUCCUUUCAUGUCAUUGUGGCCUACUGUGGCGACAUGAUCUUGAGGCUCUUUGGGGAUCAUUUUAGGGAAUUCCAACCCCUGAGCACUGUGCCCUGUCGCUUUGAUAUCAGCUGUCUCUGCUUUGAUCCAGUCACAGGGCUGCUUCUGGCUGGCACCCUGGGGGCGGUGGUCAGCUGGGUCAUUCAACAGAAAGGCAAGGGCCUCCAAAUGACUCAGAUAUUUUCCAUACCUGGUGAUGAGCUGGUCCAAAAGAUUGUUCGGAAUGGCCCCAACAACCAGCUCGUUGCCCUGUGUGAAACUGCGCUGAGAGUCCUUGAAUACAAAUACGGUCAGCUGGAGGAGGCGCAGAAGUUCACUGCCACUAGCAGCCGCUCUCCCUUCACCUGCUGUUUCAGCAGUCUUGAGAGGAACCUCGUCUACGCCGGAAACAAGAGUGGGCAUGUCCACGUGUGGAAAGUAGGUCUAAGCCAGGCCCUCCACAGCUUCAGGGCCCAUACCUCCCCAAUGAUAUGUGUGCACGGCCGGGCAAAGGCCCACACCCUGUUAACGGCUUGCAAGGAAGGCGUCAUCAAGGAGUGGAACCUCACCUCGGGGACCCUGCUCCGGAAGAUGGUCCUCAUGGAGGAGCUCUGGGACCUCCAGUUUAUUGACAGCAGCACUUUCUUCUGCCAGACAGCUCAGAACUUUACCUUGCGCAACCUGCCCUGCUUCUACAACCUCUUCAACAUCUGCGGUUCCACCCCGCAGCAGCUGAGCCGGAUCCACUGCAAGGACAGCUGCUACCGGAUCCUGUGCGCCACCGAGGACGGCCUGCUGCGUUUCCUGUCCCCCAUCACGGGGGAACUCCUCAUGGUCACCUGGCCCCUGAAGAUCCUCGACCGGGCUGUGGACUGGGCCUACGACCCAAAUAAGGAGGAGCUCGUGGUGGCAACGGGGACCUCACAGGUGCUGGUGUUCGACACGACCCGCAACCCCUGCCCGGUCAAGUAUCUCCUGUGUACCUCACCAGAUGACCACGACUUCAUCCAGUGCCUGGCUUACGGGAAUUUCUACCUGGGGCGGGGGCUGGAAGGACUGAUAUUCUCUGGGCAUCAGAGUGGCAUGGUAAAAGUGCUUUCCCAGCACAGCUGCGCCAGAAUUGAGAAAGUCAUGCACUAUGGGGCUGUGCUGGCUCUGUCAGCGCUCUACGGAGGGCUUCUGAGCAGCCGGGAAAGCUCUUUGCUUUGCUCCUAUGGGAUGGACGACUACAUACAAUUGUCGGAAACUGUGUUCACUGGUAGCAGAUUACAGUUUCGGGCCUUGGCUAGCAUUCUCAGCAGCUGUCCCCUCAGACACCUGGUCCUCCUACCAACGGCUGUAGGCGCCAUCACAGACAGCAACUGCCUACGGCUCUGGGAGUUCCGUGACUUUCUGUCCUUCGGGUCAGAUCAGGGCACCCGGUUCAUCGAGACGUUGCCUCUGCACCAGUGUCCCAUCGUCAGCUUCGACGUCUGCUUGCCCUUGAGUCUCUUUGCCACCAGAGGGUCUGAUGGCUCCGUCCGCCUCUGGGACUUCCAAGGUAGACUUAUAGCCAUGCUGGACUCAUCCCUGUACUUUGGCCCGCUCUGCUUUCUGAAUGACCGGGCUGACCUGCUGAUUACCUUCAACCAGGGUAUUUAUCUGGUACCCUGCUUGAAACUGCUCCCCCCAAUCACGCUUUCUCGCCUCACCCUUAUGAGCAUAACAGAUGACAUGGUAGAGAUCCCCAAACCUUUCUCGCCAAGCUUCUUCCUCUCUUUUGAGACCAUAUUUGUGCCUAAGUAUACCUACCAAGAUUACCGGAAACAGGAGCUGGAAGGCCUGGCGAGCCUCAUAAAUAAGCGGGCCAUUGCCUUCGACAAUAACGUGCCACACGUGGUAGAAGAAGGCGGCGAUGGGGCCACUGUGCUACUGAGUGUCUGCAAGGAGGACAUUUUGGAGGAAACUGACUUGGAUGCAGGUAGCAGGAAACCCCAAGGUCAUUAUGUGGCUCCUCCUCAGUUACAGUUGACUGCCUGGGAUGGGCUCAACCCCUACCACAUACUGCGAUGCUAUUUUGGUCAUGGGAGGAAAUGGCUUCUUGCUCCUGAUUGCUAUAUUCCCAACUCGGUGAUCCGUGCCCGUCUCUGGCCAGAAGGCACCCCGGUAUUCCUACAGUGCAGACUGCACCCACCCCAACGGCCUCUGGACUUGGAAAAGAAUCUGUCAUUCUUCUGGAAGAGAAAGAAAAGAACGACCAGUAUUGUAGAAAAAGAGGACGAAGGCUUCCUGAAAAAGAGGUUGACUAAGGAUGUCACUUACAGCGUCCUCAUAGACGCAGCGAACCGCAGCUGGGUGGGGAAAAAGAUGAGCGAAGUGGCCAUCAACAGCAUGGUCGAGGCGAUCCUGAACAUCAUGUGCAGUGCUAACUCGCUGAAGUACCAGUGCUGCGUGGGCGCGCUGGGGCAGAUCUUCGCCUCCUACCAAGUGUCCGCAACUCUGCGCUCUGAAACAGCCCGCCGCCUGCUGGACGACACAUCGCAUUCCAACCCGCACAUCCGGGAACUGGCCUGGGAAGGGCUGAAGCGUCUCGGGAUGAUUACUCACCUCUUUGCCUUGCCUCUGGCCCAGGGGUUAAUAGACAAGGACCCAAGGGUUAGGGAUAAAGCCCUGGUCUUAAUGCCUGAGACUGGAGUCAGUUCAAAGACCUCACUCUUAAACCUGAUGCAGAAACCAGACCUUUUCCAGGAUUUUCAGCAAGAGAUGAUUGGGGAGGAGUCCCUGGACAACCUUUUGGGGAUGCGGCCCGUGGACGUUCAGAUCCUCAUCGCUCAAAUAGAGAGGCGAUUAAGUGAAAAUCUGACGGUGACCAGAGUAGAUAGGAAGCUGGAGGCUUUUUCCAAGCUCCCAGGGGCCUCUGCACCUAGUAAGGCCUUUGUAGGCAUCCCAAUUCCUGAGGAACCUGAAGUCAAGACCAGCAAAAGCCAAAAACGGGUCCGGGCAGCGAGCAAAAAACAUGCCCGGAAAUCAAUGCGAGUUUUCAGAAAGGCUAAAGAGAUGGCUAAAGAGAAGAAACGAGAGGAGAGUGAUGCGGGUGAAGCUGAAACUGUCCGCUCCAGUUCUUCAGCCACCACCUCCAGAGCCUCUGAAAUUACAGAGACAGAUAUCUUAAAGGAUCGUAUUUCUGUGGCCAUGAGGUUGAGGAAAAGGGCAAAAAUGCCAGAAAAGAAAGCUCCCAAACUCAUCAAGCACAAGAAGAAGAAGAAGGAAGGGGAAGAAGAAGAAGUCACCGAGGAGCCUGCAGCCGAACCACCUCAUCCGAGGAGAAGGCUCAAGGCUUCCGAGCGGGGCGUUGGGGGAGCUCCCGGUAGGGCUCUCCCUGCAGAAAAUGCAUGGCGGGACGAUCUGUGCCGGCUUGUGAACCUGAGGAUGGCCGGUUCCGAAACAGGGAUAAUGACAGAUCUAAAUGAUGAGCUAGUGGCUACUGCUAAGGAGAUGCUGAUGGGCAAGUGUCCCAGCUGGGAAAUCUUUAAGGACAUCUGCCCCUUCCUGAAGGAGGAGCCUCAGGACACUAGGGCGGGAAUACCCCGGCAAAAGGAAAGACCAACUACAGGCAGAGCAAUUAGAGAUCACAUGGUUGUCAAGGGUGAGAGAGAGAUGCCAGAGGCUGCAGGAGAAAAGUUCCGAAGAGAAAAGGAAGUGACUCCCAAAAAGGACAAAGUUGCUUCCUUAGAACCAGGUGAUGUAGACAGAGAGCGAAAACUCAAGAAGGAGGAGAAGAAAACUAAGAAGAAGGCGAAAUCAGAGAAAAUAGCCAAGAAAAAGGAGGUGAUGGAAAGGGUAGAACCAGAAGAAAAAGCAGAGGAGGAAGACAGAAAGCUGUCUUGGGAAGAGUGGAAGACGUCCUGGAAUGAGUGGCAAGAAGUCCUACAUCAAAAGACAGUACCUUGGGAGGACUGGAAGAAGACAUGGGACAGGAAGUAUUUCAGAGAACGGGAGAGGUUCAGGGCUGGAGAGAAGCUGCUGAAGAGUGAGCAAGACAGGAAGAAGCUGACAUGGGACGAGUGGAAACAGAUCUGGGAAGACGUCAUGUCGAAGGUCCAAACUGAGGAGACACUGGGUUUGGGGGAAACAGUGUCUGUAGAAUUAGAGAAGGAAAAGACAGAGCCUCUCACAGCAAUGCAGAAACAGAUGCUAGAAAUACAGAGACAGGCCAGGUCUGAGUGGAAACAAGCGCGAUCUGAAAGGGAACGAGCCAAAGAGCAGAGAUUGCUAGCACAAGAAGAGGAGAAACUUGCACAAGAAGAGAAAAAGCUAGCCCAGGAAGAGAUGAAACUGGCCCAAGAAUAUGCGAAAAGGGCUUGGGCAUCUGAGAAAGUGGCCCACCUGGACGUAGCCCUCGGUGAGAAACAGGAACUCCUGGCCAGAGAAGAGGAAAUUCUAAGCAAAGGAGCAGAGCAACUGGCUCAGAAAAAAAGAAAACUGGCCAGAGAGAUAGAGAAACUGGCUCACGAGGAAGAAAAAAAUGCAAAGAAAAGGGAGAAAAUGGCUGCGGUACAAGCAAUGUUGGCCCCAAAAAUGGAAACCGUGAUCCAAAAGGAACAGAGUCUUGUCCUGAAAGAAAAGCAGCCGAAAGAAGCAGCAAAGAGGAUAGAGUGGGAAAUCAGGGAGCUAGCUUGGAAAGAAGAUGAACUGAAUGAGGAAGGGGAAAGGCUGGCUCAGAGAAGGGAGAAACUGGCUAAAAAGGAGACGAAGUUGGCCUGGCAGGAGGAGCAUCUUGCCAUGGAGGAGCUGAUGCUGGCCCAUGAGGAAAAACUGCUGAUUAAGGAUGAGGAAGCCCUGGCCCAGAAGGAAGAGAGAAUGCCCGAAGAAGAGAAGAAACUGCAGCUGAGGAGGGCGAGCCUGAAAGAGAGGAAGGAGAACCUGGCCAAGGCGAAGGAGAUUCUGGCCCAGAAAAUGAAGGAACUCGAAGAAAAGAAGCAAAGACUCUCUGAGGAUGAAAAAACUCUGGCCUCGGAAAAGCACAUCCUCUCUCUGGAAAAAGAAAGGCUGGCUGAGAGGGAGACGGCUCUCAGUAAGAGCGAAGAAAAAAUUCUCCAGGAAAAAGAGCAAGUACAGAAUGUAAAAAGCAAACUGGAGGAGUACAGGCAGAAAAUGGAAAACUUGUUCGAGAAGCUGAAGGAGGACAAGGGGCUCCUCAUGGACAGGAGAGUGAAGCUGGUUGAAGUAGAGAAGGGAGUGGAGCAGGAAGAGAUGCUUCUGGCGGAAAAGCAAGGGACCUUAGCCCAGGAGAAAAUGAAGCUAGCCGAUGAAAUCCAGGCGGUGAUACAGAGAAGCAAACUUUUCAGAGAGGAGACUGAGAUUGCUGAAGAAGGGACGGCCUUGAUGGGCGAAAUGGAGAAGGUGGUGAAGGAGAAGAUGAAGCUGGAAGAGGAGGAAAAGCUCUCUAAAAGAGGGACAGAAGAGAUCUCACAGCAGAAAAGACUCUCAAUAUUCAUGCUAGACAUGAUGAAGAAAAGAAUAUCCCUGGAGGAGAAGAUCCUAACCCACGAAGACAGACUGUUGGCCACGGAGGAAAAGAACGCUGCCAGGCAGAGUCUGGAGCUUGUCAGAGGCGAGAGAAUACAUGCCCAGGAAGAGAGGAAAUUAGCCAAAGCCGUAAGCAAACUGCAGAAGGCGAUAAGUGUUUCCAGGGUGCUAUCCCUGAGGAAAAGGUCCUUGAAGGAGCUUCAAAAGCUGGUCAUCAAAGAAAAGGCAAUGACCCAGAAAGAAAGAAAGAUGACGAAGUUAAAGCGGACACUGUUUGAAAAGGAGGUCGAACUAGGUAUGGAGGAGGAAAGGCUUGACAUGAAGGAGCUAGAUGCUUCUGAAGAACAGCCAGAAGUCAUCAAGGAUGAGAGGAAACUAGCUAAGAGCGAGAGAGAUGUGGCCGAGGAAAUGAGAGAACUGAGACGCCAAGAGCAAAUAGUUGCUAAGGAAGAACGUGAGUUUGACUGGACGCUUGUGGUGUUGCCAGAUGAUCAGGAAGACAUCGAGGAAGGCCCUGAGGAAGGCCCUGAGUCAGAGGAGGAAACCGAAGACUAUAGAAAGUCGUGGAAGAGGAGAGAAGGGCUGACAGAGCCUCUUUCUGGAGUGGAAAGGUUUCGCCGUAUAUUUAAACGGGUACAACGUAAAGAGGGCUUUUCUCAUGUAGUCGAAUGCCUGAUAAGUGAAGUCGAGAGAGAGAGUUCAUCUGAAGAAGAAAGGGAAGAGGAGGAGGAGAAGAAGUUGAAAGAGGAGGAGGAAGAGGAGGAGGAGAAAGUGGAGGAGGAAGAAGAGGAGGAGGAGAAAGUGGAGGAGGAAGAAGAGGAGGAAGAGAAAGUGGAAGAGGAAGAGGAGGAGGAGAAAGUGGAGGAGGAAGAGAAGGAGGAGAAAGUAGAGGAGGAAGAAGAGGAGGAGAAAGUAGAGGAAGAGGAGAAAGUGGAAGAGGAAGAGGAGGAAGAGGAAGAGGAGGAAGAGGAAGAGGAGGAAGAGGAAGAGGAGGAGGAAGUGGAGGAGGAAAUGGAGGAGGAAAAGGAAGAGGAAGAGACUAAAAAGAGCAUGGGUCAGGAAGAGAUAGAAAGAGUGAGUGAAAUAAAAAAGAAAAAAGUGAGACGCUUAGUGGAAGAAGCAAGGAAGAAGAAGGUGGUGUUAAAAAGAGAAAAGCCUAAAGUACAGAAAGAAAGACGUAAGGUCCCACAAAGAAAGAAAGUAUUCCCUCCCAUUGGACUAGGAGUCACUGAGCUCAAAGAGGACAUUAUAAAGCUGGCAUCACGAGAAACGCUUCCUUGGAAACCAAGCCCAGCAUUUGAGGAGGUGGAAAAGAAGAGACCAUUUCUACUAGAAGAAAAACAAAUGUUCAGGGAAGAAAUGGCCAGAGCAUUUGAGAGAUCCAAGAAAUCCCUAAAGAAAAAGAUGAUGGAUAAAGAGAGGCAACUGUUGGAGAAGGAUGAGCUGGGACCUCUGGACAUUCUGGAUGUGAUGGCAGAGUACAAAACGCCAGCAGCGUUAAAACCGUUCACAACUCAGACGGUCAGACAGGCCCUGGAUGUCCACAGACUCCGCAAAAUGUCACAAGCCAAGAAGUGGCUUUUUCAGCACCACCCUCCCCGGGUGGGAAAAACAGUGGGCCUGCUGCCUCUGCCUAAGAUCUUGACAGAGGUGCAGCGCUCAGAGUUAGGCAUCUCAGAUAUAGAAUGGCUCCAUCGUGUCUUGAAACAGAUGGCGGCAGGAGAAGACCUUCCUAGAGAUCACUUCCACAGACUGUGUGGGCUUCUCAAGGACCUCACCUCAACGGGUGACCUGGAGUGGCUGCACCUGGCAAUCCUUGAAGCCAUUGUGCGCCGUCACAAGCAGAUUGUGGACUCUCGGAGCGCAGUGACUCCAAAGCCUAGCAGGGAACCCAUGAGGCCCAAACAUCUGAAAGUGAUUCCUCCCAUAAAGGGAAAGGAAAAGGAAAGCUGGCUGAAACCUUCAGCUGUCCCCGUACCAGGGUCCCCGUUAGCUACCAAAAGGGUUGCAGACCCAAAGGCUAGAUCCUGGCAUCUUCUCGGAGAGCCAUACAGAAGCACACGGCUGCAGCAGUUAUCCAGUGCUCUUGAGGAGAUGGAGACACAGUCUUUUGAUCCUACCACGAGAGAGCUUUUGGCCAGCGUUCAUUCUUCAGUAAACGAGCAGACCCUGGCACUAAUGCUUCAAAGAGACUUUGGGGAUCUUAAAGGUAAAAGCAGGUAUCCCAAACUGCCUAAGCUGGAGAAAAGGCCUAUCUCCCCCCAAAAGGAAGAGGUGCCUCCAUGGGAGACGUUUGUGGCACUCUACCAUGUUUUGCGGAUGCUACAGCAGCGGCAUGCCGAAGACACGGCUGCCUGGAUGGAAAACUUUUACCAGCUCAUGGACCUGUACCAGGUUAAGUCCCCCCGAAUCCAGAGGCUGCUGCUGGACCUGCUGCUGACACAAGUGCCUCGAGCCCGAGAGGUCAUCUUCAGCGAUACUCUGAAGGCCGUGGAGCUGGUGCCUGGGGAGCGGCUGCUGUACUGUCUGGUCUGUGGGAGCUCCCACGCCCCCUACAUUGCUGUGGAGCUCCGGGGUGUGGUGCCCCUCCCUGAACAGAAUAACGUGCACACCAUUCGUCCCAAAGGCAUUGCCAACUAUGGGAUCCUUGAGCUUGCCUGGAAGAGCCUGCCCCAAGCUGAUAUGCACCUUAUCAAGAAAGCCCCUCAUGUUACUGUUCCCACGCCCUAG